AUGAUGUUUAUCUUCAAACUCUUUCUCAUAGCGCUUUUGGCGUGUUUUCUUGAAGGAAAAAGAGAAAUAGUUCAAAGUAAGAAAAAAGAUGUCGGAAAGGAUGUCUCUCAACAACUUCUUGGAAAUCUAAGAACAAGCGAGGAUGGUUCUGCAGUCAAAUCGGUAAAAGAAGUUAAAAGCGAAGGAGAUGAUUUCAGAAGAGAUUUCCUCAAACGAGUUUUUGGAAAUCUACAUUCAAGCGACGGUGUCUCUUUUGAAAAAAACACGCCUCUAGUUACGUGUCUCACAGAAUGUAUUAACGGCCAGCAGAAAACACACGAAGGAAAAAAUGGAGAAAAGGAUUCAGAAACAUCUGUCUCCUCUGACAAUAAGACAGCAGAACAGGGAGAAGGCAAACAAGUGCUUAAUACCCAGUAA